GUUUCCUGGGGGCGGGGUGCCGAGCUGGGCAGGAGUAGGAGGAGCCGACCAAAGGGAUCGGAGUGAGGCUGCCGCGGGCGGGGGCCAGUGGGCAUCGUGUGCGCGCCCGUGCGCGUUCUUCUUCCCUCCCUCCUUCUCUCCCUCUCUCCCGGGUGCCCCUCCCCCUCCCUCUCAGGCGAGAGCUACGCGGCGGCGCCGAGGCCUCUUGCCGGGUAACGGCCGUUCCCCCUCUCCCCCAUCCCCGCCGCGGCGGUGGCAGCGGCAGCAGCUCCCUCGUUCCCUCUGGCUUCUCGGCUAAGCGGCGACCGCGGCGGCCCUGCAGGGCACACACAUUGAAUGUAAAUUUGAAGAAAGAAGAGUUAAUGUAACAAAGUGCCAAAGCGACUAGAAGAUGGCAGAAGAGGUGGUGGUGGUAGCCAAAUUUGAUUAUGUGGCUCAACAAGAGCAAGAGCUUGACAUCAAGAAGAAUGAAAGGCUUUGGCUAUUGGAUGAUUCAAAGUCCUGGUGGAGAGUUCGAAAUUCUAUGAACAGAACUGGUUUUGUUCCUUCUAACUAUGUUGAAAGGAAAAACAGUGCUAGAAAAGCUUCUAUUGUAAAAAAUCUAAAGGAUACUUUAGGUAAGUGUUCAUGGAAAAGAAAACCCAGUGUGCCAGAUUCUGCAUCUCCUGCUGAGGACAGUUUUGUCGACCCUGGAGAACGUCUCUAUGACCUCAACAUGCCUGCUUAUGUGAAAUUUAAUUACAUGGCAGAGAGGGAGGAUGAAUUAUCUUUGACAAAAGGGACAAAGGUUGUUGUCAUGGAGAAAUGCAGUGAGGGUUUGUCGGGGAGUUAUAAUGGACAGGUUGGAUGGUUUCUCAACUAUGUGACUGAAGAAAGUGACAGUCUGGGUGACCAUAUGGGCUCUUUAUCAGAGAAAUUAGCAGCUGUUCACAAUUUAAACAGUGGUCAAGUGUUACAUGUGUACAAGCUUCUACCAUUCAGCUCCUCCAAUGAUGAAGAACUAAAUUUUGAGAAAGGAGAAGUGAUGGAUGUUAUUGAAAAACCUGAAAAUGACCCUGAGUGGUGGAAAUGUCGGAAGAUUAAUGGGCAAGUGGGUCUGGUGCCAAAGAACUAUGUUACUGUCAUGCAGAAUAGCCAACUAACCUCAGGAUUGGAACCAUCACCCCCACAGUGUGAUUACAUUGGCCCAUCAGUCACUGGCAGAUUUGCUGGCAACCCGUGGUAUUAUGGGAAAGUCACUAGACAUCAGGCAGAAAUGGCACUGAAUGAAAGAGGGAAUGAAGGGGACUUCCUCAUUCGGGAUAGUGAAUCUUCACCAAAUGAUUUCUCAGUAUCUUUGAAAGCACAAGGGAAAAACAAGCAUUUUAAAGUCCAGUUGAAAGACACUGUUUACUGCAUUGGACAGCGUAAAUUCAGCACCAUGGAAGAACUUGUAGAACAUUAUAAAAAGGCACCAAUUUUUACAAGUGAACAAGGAGAAAAAUUAUAUCUCAUCAAGCAUUUAUCAUGAUAAAAAGAUGACCAAAAUAACUGCCACAAAUUUCAAAUUAGAAAUGCAAUUGAAGACUAAGAAGAUGUUGGUCCACUGUGCCAGACUGGAAAUCGAUGUUUUUAACUCUAUAAGAAAUUGACUAUAAUACAUAUGUAUUUUUAUUAUAACAUAGCACAUGCACAUAUAUGCCAUUUUAUGUUUAAAAAAACCAAACCUUUGUAAAACAAUUGCUUCCAUCUUUGAUUUUUCAGCUUUAUUGUCAGUUUUCCUUUUUCUUGUUUCCAAUAAUAAGUUCUUUAUUUUUACAUCAUCAGUUUAGUGAAGGACAGACAUCUUUAAAUUAUAGACAUUCUAAAUUACUUAUCCUUUAUUUUUCUAGCAGGGUUGCAAUAUUAGGCAAUUGCUUUUGUCACUGUCUCUUGAAGUAUAAAAAUAUUGUGUCCCUAUAAUGAAAUACUCUAAAAUAAAUUUCCCUGGAAAUAUUAAUCUUUUCUAUGUAGAACUGAAUAGCAAUAAUCACUGGAAAAGAUUAGUGAUUGUUUCCAGGUGCCAUUUUUCUCCUAAGCCAUUGUAAAUACCAAAUAAGCCUGUCAUUAUUUUUCAAAAUUUAUUCACUGUCUGUGUUUCAUGUAAAACAUGAUGGUUGGAAGAAAUUCUGUGGAGUUUUAAUUUACAGCUAUUGAGGGGACAGGGGAAAUACCCUAAAGAACUGAAUUGGCCUUUUCUGAUUAUUCUCCAUCUGUUACUUGUGUGAAAACAAAGCAAUCUCUGUGAGAUACAUUUAGCUUUUAAAAACGAGAAAUGAACCCUUAGUGUCAUUUUUCCAAAGGGUUCAAUUCAGGAUAUAGUUUUGUCCUGUGCCAAUAAAAAAUCAGAUAUGGCAGAGUUUGGGGGGAAAAGAAUAAACUGUAAGAUAUUUGACUUUUUUCUAGGCAACAUCAACAUUAUCAGAAGUACUUUAAAAAGUAAUUAUGUCCUACUCUGGUGCUUUCUAGUUUCAAUAGAGACAGUCAGGACUUGUUGACACUGAACACUAAAUCUAGUGUUUUGUUCCAGAUAUAUGCCUUACUUUGAAGAAUUUGUGAAUGUCCUACUUUUCUGUGGGAGAAACAGGACUUAUUCAUGUAGUCGGGGGAUUUUAUUUCAAAGUCCUAUUUUUGUAGAUGAUCUUGUGUUUGUCGCUCCCCCUGACCAAGCAGAUUGGUUUCUAGUAAAAUUUAAGGGCUGACUAUAGUAAUAGACUAAUUCUGGUGCCUCAUGGGAACGUUGGUAUCAUUACUUAUGGUUAGAUCUUAUCAAGUGUUUUGUUUUUACUCAAGAUUGAAACCUGACAAUUUAAGCUAGACAGCCGACUAAAAAAUGUUUAUCAAAAAUUAAUUUUAAAUGUUUAUUAAAGUUACUCUAGUAAAUGGUGGAGAAUCAGUAAAAAUGAAUAAUGACAAUAUUAUGUGGAGUUUAAGGUUAGGAUGAUCCUUUGGUUUUUUAAACAAGAAUUCUUCAGUGUUCCUUAAAUAUGUGAACUAUUUUAUCUUUUUGUCUCUACAGUUAUAUGCAGACACUCAAUGAACCAAAAGAACUUUUAAAAAUUGAAAUCUGUAAAUUUAAUUAAUUUGAAAAACAUAAUUAUCUUAAAUAUGAUUUUUUUCAAGUUACUUUUUACUUUAGUGUUGCCACUGGGUGGCAGUCCUGGCUUCAGAAACUUUGCUAAUCUACCAUAAAAUGAUAGAAUUUCCAGAUGUUAUGAAGGCAGUACUGUUAAGGUGAUUGGCAUUAUUCCUCUAAUGCUUUUGUAGCCUAGUUAAUAUUGGUCUUUCUAACUCAGUGACACUUUGCUUAUACAAGUUAAUUGUUGUUAGAGAAGUUUAAUAGUAAUAAAUGUGAUGUAUGUUUACUAUUUUUACAAACUGUACUUACCAGGAAUAUCAGUAGAUUAUAAAGCACACCAAUUAAUAUUCCUGCAGAUUUACAGAAAUGUCUAUCAGGAAUGCGCCUCAGUUCCUUCAUGUGUAAAAUGAAGGGAUUAGAGUCGAGGCUCUACAGACCUUUAACACUCUGUAAAAGGAGAAGAAAUAGCUCCAAUCGCAGCAAAUAUGCCUGACAUCUUUCUACUUUUUAAAUGAUUACUAUUAAAAAUAAUCUGUUUAGGUAGAUUUUACCUUCAUUGUAGAAAUGAUGUUUUUUGAAUGAGAGAUUAAUGCUCAUACUUGAGAUGAUUGUGACUUCGUUCUCUUCUCAUGUAUUUCAUUGUGUUACUGUUAAAAGAAUGGGAUUUUAAGAAAGCAGCUAAGAAAUAAGCAUCAUCAAAAAUGAACAUGUAUUUCUUGACACAACUAGAUCGUUAUUGUUGUGGCUAAAAAUGCCUUAUGGAGGUCAGUGAUGUCCAUAUUUUCUCAUAUUUUGUCCUUUCUUUCAGGAUAAAGAUCAUGCCAAAGUGAACCACAUAUUUAAUUUAUACCAGUGUGCUGAAAUCUUCUCACUUAAGCCUAACACACCUAAGUGUUACACAUGCACAGUUUUUUGUAUUAUCAAUCUUUUUUGCUCUUUUUACAUCAUUGUCAUUUCCCAGUGUCCCUCUCUCCCCCAUAGAUAGAAACCUCUCUUGUAACAAAAGAAGUUAAGUAAAACAAGCCAAUACAUUGACCAUGUCUGAAAGUAUAGGUAGCAUUCUAUAUUCAUAGUCCAUCAUCUGUCUACCAAGAUCAAAGUAUAAAUAUUACUGAGCCAUGAAAAAUAUGAAUCUGAAGAAUUCAGAACAGCAUAGACAGACUUGGAUGAACUGAUUUCAAUGUAAGUAAGCAGAGCCAGGAAAAAAUAAAUGUGCUUGCCAAUAUUGUAAAGGGGUUGGGGGAGCAAAGGAGGUGGGGAGAGAAACAACACAUUAAUUAUAAUAUCUAAACUUCAUCCUAGGAAAAAAAUGAGAAAAUGUACCUUCUUUCUUUGUAGAGGUGAGAAGCUGUGAGUGUGAAACAUUGCAUAUACUGUAAAACUCCGUGUCAUAGUUUUGCUGAACUUAUUUUUUAUUUCUCUUUGUUGCAAGGGAUGGCUCUCUGGGUAGGGAGUGGGGAGGAGCUAUAUUCAGAAAUUAAGGUGAUGUAAAAAUUACAUAGCAAUAAAAGCUGAGGGGGAAAAUAAAGUAUGUUUCACCAGUCCUUGGCAAUCAAAAUUGACCAUUAUGUUAAUUUGAAUUCUGAUGUCUUUUAGUAUUUUUAUUUUCAUUAGUAUGGUCAUUUUGAAUAUUAUUCUCUUGGUUUUUCAUUCUGUAUAAGAGCAUAUGAGUCUUCUCAAUGUUUCAUAUUUAGCAUUUUAUGGCCUAAUAAUAUUCCAUUAUAUUCAUAUGUCAUAAUUCAGUCAUUCCAAAAUUGAUAGGCAUCUACCUCAUUCCCACUGUUUUGGCAACCAUAAAUUAUGCUAUGAAUUUAUUUUGGUCUACCUGAGUACUUUCCUUCUGUCUUCAUCUUCCUUUGCAGGACUUACUUGGCAUCACUGGGUCAAUUUGAUUUGGUCACUUUGUAUAAUUUGAAAUUUUUUUUCUGAAUGUUUGGAAUAAUUCAAUCGACCAACAGUGUAGUUAGCAUGACUGUCUUCCUAUAGCUCUUCCAACAUUGAACAUGAAGAUACUUUAUCAUUUUUUCCAAGUUUUUGGUCUUGAGGUGAAACAUCAUGGUUUUAAUUUACAUUUCUCGUUAGUGAUUGAACAGUCAUAAAUGCAUAUUCUUAGUUUGCAGAAAAUAAUACCUCAUAGGAUAACAGUAUAAUUGACUUUUUCAUGUAUGUAAAGAAAAACUUGUAGCUGCUUUAUAUAUCAGUGUCUUGCCCUCAGGGAGCUUUAGUUGUUUGUUUUACUUUGUGUGCUUGGGUUUACAGUGUGCAGUAAACCUAAAUGUAAACAUACACAAACCUAUUCACAAUAUACCCCCCCCCCAAAAAAAAAAUUGGACAAAAGAGUUCCCAGAAUCUCAAUCAAUCUCCCUCUUUCUCUCUCUCUCUCUACCCUUUCUCUCUCCUUACUCUCUCUCCCUCUCUCCUCUCUCACAUAGUUUUUUGGUUUUUGGGUUUUUGGGGUUUUUUUG